CAUGCAGCCGCUAAAGUAACGAGUUCUACACGUUGUAUACAGGCUUUAGUAGUAGAGAAAAAGUGAUACACUGGCUUCAAAAUUAAUACAAUUCCUUUUUGACCAAAGUUUAUGGUGAAUUAAUAGUAAACAAAAUAGAAACAGCUGAUUCCCUAUUGUGAUUGGUAAUUUCGCUGCUGAUCAACUUGUUUUUUGCGUGUUUGUUUCAAUAUUUUUCUGCUAUUUUUAGCGAUUAUCGAAAAAUAAACGAUUGUUCGAAUACAAUUUGCAAGAGCAAAAUUAAAGGCGAAAAAUCAAAAUAAACAAAGCACAACCAGUAGAAUUCGCUUAAUUAUCUACAAUUUAUGCAAGUAGCCAAGCGUGAAAAUAUUGCUAUUGUUAGAUAAUUGCAAAAAAGUAAGAAAGUAGCACUUGCUACGCCAAUCAUAUUCAAUGUGUGCAAUACGCUGCUGUGUACGUUACAAAAAUAUCAGAAGUUUUCGCGAAUAUAAGUAAAACCAGUUACAAUUACAGCAACAAACACAAACAAGAAAAAAUCUACGGCGCCGUCUGUUAUUGCAGCGAGUAACUGAGAAAAAGUGCGAAACCAGCUACUGUGUUUGUGGGUGUAUCAUUGCAAUUACAAUUAACAGUGCAUAGGCGUAUCACUAGAAAGCGACGAGGAUGUCUGUGCGCCUACUAACCUUACGACUGGUUAAACAUGGUCGCUACUUCCUACAAAGUUACUGGAAACGCGAUAUACACUUCAACAUUUUGGAACAAAACCGCGAGAAGACGCGCCGGAGCUUACCCAACUCUUUAAGGUCGGGCGCUGUUAGUGUUACUGCGUCCGCUCAACCUUUGCCGGCUAGAGGAGCGCUUCAAGGCAUUACACAUGCAGCUACAAGUGGCGCGUCAAAGUCGCUGCCACGUACCGGCCUCUUAAGCGUUGGCCAACAUGCGCGCAAAGUUUUUAUUGAUAAUAUCUUAAAUCGUGUCACAACCAAUUAUUCACAAGAAUUGCGCACGCAAGCAACUAAAAAACUCUUCUAUGGCGAUUCUGCACCUUUCUUUGCACUGGUCGGCGUCAGUUUAGCAUCCGGCGCUGGUGUGCUAACAAAAGAGGACGAAUUGGAGGGUGUGUGUUGGGAGAUACGCGAAGCCGCCGGUCGUCUACAAGCAUCUUGGAAUUAUGAUGAGAUAUCCGAAAGUCUUAAUAGUGACUUCAGCAUCGAUAAAUUGGACGUGGGACCAGCUAUUGCAAAAGGCUGUGCUGCAGUAGUGUAUUCGGCAGCAUUUAAAAACGCAAGUAGUAACUCUACAUCUAUAGAAACGCCUAUCUUAGAUGCAACGCAUGACGCCGAAGCAGCAGCUGCUAUGGCGCGCACUACCGCAGCUGUACCACUUCAACAACAAUCUUUCCAUCCAGAAUUGAUGUCUCCAAUACAGAAUAUGUCACGUUUUGUACACAAUUUCGGCAGCUCUAUGGAUAAUCUUAAUGAAUUGUAUAAUCAGAACUCCGCGGCUGCUGCUUUUGUCGCCGAGCGUAGUGCACGACGCACCAGUGACUUGGAAGAAGAAAAUAUGCAGAAAUUAGACAACGAUUUGAUUAGUGAUAGAAAUGCUGGUUUCUCUGGAAUUAGUAGUGGCAUGCAAGGGCUCGAAUCCAUAGAUGCGCCAUUAGCGGGUAUAAAUCGCUAUCCGCUCGCUUUGAAAAUGAUGUUCAACUAUGACAUACAAAGUAAUGCACUCUCCAUUCUGCGCGCCAUGUACAAGGAGACCGUGCCGGCACGUGCACGUCGCAUGAAUGACGGUUCGGAAGAGUGGGAACGCUUAUUACAAAAUCAAACACUCACUUUGCCGCCGCAUCCAAAUAUAGUCUGCAUGUUUGGCUUCUUCUGCGAUGAGGUACGCAACUUCCCCGACGGCCAUAUACUUUACCCAGUUGCGCAGCCGCAACGCAUCAAUCCACAUGGUUAUGGACGCAAUAUGUCGCUUUAUUUGUUGAUGAAACGCUACGACUACAGCUUGCGCGCGCUACUGGAUUCACACAAACUGAGCGCCCGUACCAAACUAUUGCUGUUGGCGCAAUUGCUUGAAGCUACGGCGCAUAUUAAUCGACAUGGCAUUGCGCAUCGUGAUAUUAAGUCCGACAAUAUACUUAUUGAAAUGAAUGAUGAUGAUUCACCGCCGGUGUUGGUGCUCUCCGACUUCGGUUGCUGUUUGGCUGAUAAAGUACAUGGCUUGCAGAUACCUUACACUUCCUACGAUAUCGACAAGGGCGGCAAUGCCGCGCUGAUGGCGCCUGAGAUCAUUAACAAACAACCCGGCCCAUUUGCUGUGCUGAACUAUGCAAAAGCGGACUUAUGGGCUUGUGGCGCGAUUGCCUAUGAAAUUUUCGGCCAACGCAAUCCAUUUUACUCAUCGAGUGGCGGUUUAGCCUUGGCUAAUGGCGAGCAAACUUUGUCAUUGCGCAAUAGUGAUUAUAAGGAGAAUGAUCUGCCACCGCUGAACGAUGAAUGCCCAGCGAUUGUGCAGCAACUGAUCUAUAAUAUACUGAAUCCGAGCCCUGCUAAGCGUGUAAGCCCGGAUAUCGCGGCAAACAUAAUGCAACUUUUUCUAUGGGCGCCGUCUAAGUGGCUUAAAGCUGGUGGCAUGCCCAACAGCCCGGAGAUUCUCCAAUGGCUGCUUUCACUCACUACGAAAGUAAUGUGUGAGGGUCGCGCUGCUGUGGAUCAGCUUAGUUUUAAUGAGAGCGGUCGUCGCACUUAUGUGGAAUAUUUAUUGAUAUGUAGUUUUUUGGCGCGUGCACGGCUACGACGCAUACGUGGCGCCCUGAAUUGGAUACAAGAUGUGGUAGUAGCCUAAGCAAGCAACUUCAAUAUAUUAAUUGUAACAUAAAAUUAACCACUAUAACAAACUAAUAUUACACUUGCAAAUGAACGCAUCAACGGAAUCUAGCACUACUGUUGCUGAUAAUAAUGCUAAUUAAUCACCAUCAAGUCCAAAAAGAUUUUUCUAUUUGUAUCUUUUGUUGCUAUUAAAAAUUUAUAAAAUCUAUCU